AUGGCUUCGAUCUCUCUGCCUCUGCCACCUCAGUCACCCGCAGCCUUGUCUCAGCAUUUCGAUUCGCCUGGCCAGUCUCCCAGCCGACACAGCCGUCGCAAUUUAAGUAUGGCCGCGCCUCUUCCCAACCCACCAUUCGUCUUUCCGGCUCGCGAUCCAGAAACCCCGAAUAUCCAGCCGUCCGCGGCGCCUGAGCCAAGGAGCAGAAUUUCUCCCUCUCUGCCAGCCUUCUCCUUCAACCCUGGAUCGACCCAUGCCACGCAAUCAGUAUCAGCAGUUCCCCCGGCUCGAGCUGGUGGACACCGUCGACGACCUAGUGAAUUCAUCGGAGGAGAUCAGUUAGUCACUUCGGGAGGCACAGAGACCGGCCAGAGCAACGAUGAAAACUCAUUGCCAGCUCCUGCUAAACUCCCUACCCCUGGUCCUGGGUUCAGUGCAGGUGGGCCCGGACGACGUCACCAUGCCCAUCGACGAUCAGCAGCGGUCUCUGGUGUAGAUCUUGCAGAAAUAACUAAAGCGCUUGCGCCGAAACCGGCAGGAAGUACACCGCCGACACCAGGAGAACCAGGGCGUGAAAACGGCGCUCAUGAGGAACAACACAGGCCCCUCUCCUACUCAGCGACACCUCUGGGUCGACCAACACCUCCAGCUUCUCCCCGGAUUCCAUUCGCUGGAAGCUCGCCCACUCGGGCUAACAAUGAGUCCCCAGAUCGAUCGCCUGCUAGUGGACGACCAGUUUUGCCGGUAAAGUUGAACAGUCCUGGACCCAUGGGUUCCCACCAAUCACAGCCGGUUGCUAGGAAUAGCGGAAAGCCUGGUAAAGAUGGUUUUCUCGCUGCUAAUGAGGCGGCGUCCUCUGCUCCUGAAAAGCUAUCCCCUAGACCCAGGACUGCCGAUGCGCUGUUGAUGUUUGAUCUUGGUGGAAAUGUGGUUUCUGGCGAUUUAUCGCAGAUGAAGCGACCGUCCUCUGCUACUGGACACUCUCGAGUCCACAAAAGUCUGUCUUCUGGACUUCUUGAUGCAGCUAUUGGGAAGAAAAAUCGAAUUGGUGACGACGGUCACUCAAUGAACUCUUCUCGGCGUUCAUCAUCCAUUGGGUCAGGCUCGGAUACAUCUGGCGACGACCAUGAUGAAUCAGCUGAACCUCGUGCCUCGAAGAAAAGGCCAUCCAAGGCUAAGAAGAGGCAAAAGAAGGUACGAUCUUGGGCAGGCUCGAUAUUAAUCCGUAGCAAGGGCAAGCGGCAUCACUCGAAGAAGGAAACUGGAGGAACAAACUCUGAAGUUCUUCCACCGGUCAUCACCAGGACCAACUCUGAUCUUGGUUCGGGGCUGGAUGUCGAUUUUGACGAUGAUAACAUCGUUGUCAUCCGCACUCCCACAAAUCCCAACGCCCCCGAAUCGAGCCGGGCAGCCCUGGAGACUAAUGCGCAGCCGUCAUUCGAAGACUCCUGGAAGCCAAGGAGCUUCUACGAGCAGGCCGUACAGGAUGAUGCUCUCAGUCCAGUCAUCGACUUGGAUGCAGCCCUAGGACCCUUCAACACACCUGAUAUGCGUGCCGAUAGAAUUGUCGGGAGUGGAUUUUCUGUUGUAUCCCGACGUAUGUACAGUGGUGGACGACGGGGUGAAUUCGUUGGGCCUGAAAUGCGCUAUCAUCGACGUGCAGAAAGUGCUCCAGAGAUGCCUCCUUUUGAUCGCAGUUUUCUCAGCAACCGCCUUGUCAAUUCCUCUACUCUGGAAAAUCCUGAUGUUUUMUAUGAGGAAGAGGAAGACGCCUUUUUGGCGGCUACUAGUGAAUCACCGAAGGAAGAAGAUCAGGCAGCCUCCAAAUCUAAUGUCGUCACACAGCCCGAUAAUUCGGACCAGAUAACGGUGCAUAGCAAGGCCACCUCCGACACGUUGACUCGAAGGUCGGCGGAUGCCGGAUCCAGCUCAGAACGAGCUGGCCUUGGUAUCCAGAACAACGAGGGAACAGGGCCGGAAGCUUCCACCCCUGCUCCUGCGAGCCAGGAGAUCUCUGGGGAUCCCGGAAUAUCUGCGCAUGUGAGGGCUGUUGACCAGCUCCACAGUGCUAAGAAUCCUUUCACAAGCCACCCAAAGAGCCCGGUGGAAAUCAUCAAACACGAGAAUUGGCCGAACAAACCACCAGUUCCCCCCAGUCCUGAGAUUUCACCAAGAUUUCUGCCUGCUGACACCCGGCCGGCGACGUCUCCUCUGGAACUCACUGGCACCAUACCCCAAUUUUCCCUGCAGAGUAGCUGUUCACUAUCUCAAUCUUCUUUCCCGUCUCCGGACUUCACGCUGUCUUCUUCCGAUGCUCCUCGCUCUAUCACAACAGCUUCGACAACAGAUCACAACUUCUCCAAUCCAUCGUACAAUCCAUCUGUGGAUUAUCAUCAGGCUUCAGUGGAUGACGUGCCGUCUUUGACCAGCAGUGUGUCGACCACAACAAAUACGUUGAAUCGGUUCUCAGGCACCUUCUUCCAUCGUUCUCGACUUUCCACUGACCGCUCGGCUUCUUUUUCUGCCGCCGGCACUCGCCGCAGCAGUCAAGCUCACAGCCAGAAGAGGUCUAGCUUGGCUAGUUUAUCCAAACUCGUUGGUGGUCCUCAUGGCGAGAGAAGCAAACUGAGUUACGAGGAAAAGCCCCCGAGUGAUGUUCUCGAGAAGUCGAAGAAGAAGAGCCGUCGUAUCAGCCGUCUCGUGCAUUUUUGGAGGUCGAAAGACAAGGAGAAGUUGAACGAGGGGGCUGUUCGAGAAGAUCAGCCGUCAUGA